UCAUCCAAUGAAAUGUUUCGGGAGGCAGGCUAUGAUGGUGUUCCUCUGUUCCAUGCACUGUCAGUCUGUGCGAACUGUUUGUUGUCAUCAAGAUGGAGUUUUUAUUGGGAAAUCCAUACAGCACUCCUGUGGGACAAUGUAUCGAAAAGGCCACGGAUGGUUCCCUCCAGAGCGAAGACUGGGCCCUGAAUAUGGAGAUUUGCGAUAUCAUCAAUGAAACUGAGGAUGGACCCAAAGAUGCCAUAAAGGCAGUGAAGAAAAGGCUGCAUGGGAAUAGGAAUUUCAAGGAGGUGAUGCUGGGACUGACCGUCUUGGAGACGUGCGUGAAGAACUGUGGCCAUCGUUUUCACAUUCUUGUCGCUAAUCGGGAUUUCAUUGAUGGUGUACUGGUUAAAAUCAUCUCUCCUAAGACCAACCCUCCCACUAUUGUCCAAGACAAAGUCCUCUCCCUGAUACAGGCCUGGGCCGAUGCGUUCAGGAGCAGUCCAGACCUGACCGGCGUGGUGCACAUUUACGAGGAGCUGAAGAGAAAAGGCGUGGAGUUCCCCAUGGCUGAGCUGGACGUGCUGUCUCCCAUCCACACACCGCAGCGAUUGGGCGGUGUGCAGAACACCCGUGAGGUGGAUCCAGCUGUUCCCAAGUACACCCCCCCUUCCCAGCCCUACUCAGGCCCCGCCCCUCCCGCGUCCUCCACCGUCCCCCCCACCUACUCAGCGCCGCAGAUCCCCAGCCUGCAGGGCGUGGGGGCCAUCAACCCCAGCCCUGAUCAGAUUAUCCGGCUGCGCAGUGAGUUGGAAAUCGUGCGUGGAAACACCAAGGUGAUGUCAGAGAUGCUGACUGAAAUGGUGCCUGGACAAGAGCACCCCUCAGACCAUGAGCUUCUACAGGAGCUGAACCGGACCUGCAGGGCUAUGCAGCAGCGCAUAGUGGAGCUCAUCUCCCGCGUAGCCAAUGAGGAGGUGACGGAGGAGCUGCUCCACGUCAACGAUGACCUCAACAACAUCUUCCUGCGAUACGAGAGGUAUGAGCGCUACCGCACAAGCAGAGCCGCCCAGAACACCAACAACGGGGUCCUCAGCGAGGCCACCGAGGACAACCUGAUCGACCUGGGGCCCGGGUCCCCGGCCGUGGUCAGCCCCAAGGUGAGCGCCCCUCCGGCCCCUGCGGCCCCUGCGGCCGCUGUGGCCCCUGUGGCCCUUGUGGCCCCCGCGGCCUCUACAGCCUCUGCGCCCCCCGCAGCCUCCUCCACGCCGGCGGCCCUGUCCACGCAGCUCGCCGGGCUCGACGUGGGUACGGACAGCGUGAGCGGUGCCCUGAAGUCCCUGCCCAGCUGUAAGCCCCAGGAUGCCUUUGACAUGUUCGCUCAAAACAGGACCGGCUCUCAGCCCGAUCAGCUCAAGAGUGUGAAGCAAGAAGAGUUUCAGGCCCGUGGUGGCAUAGCGUCCGGUCCUGACACCAAACAACAGAGUGCCGGAGGGCUGAGGGUAAAAGAUGAUAACGCAGACAUGGAGCCAAUAGACAGCUGGCUUAUUACCCAAGGAAUGAUUCCCGUUGCGCAGUCCUCUGUCAUGGAUGACAUAGAGGAGUGGCUCUGUACUGAUGUGAAGGGAGAUGAAGUUGAAGAAGGGGUGACAAGUGAAGAAUUUGACAAGUUUCUAGAAGAAAGAGCCAAAGCUGCAGAGAUGGUACCAACCUUACCAUCGCCCCCUAGUGGAGAUCCCGCUCCCCCUGUGAGCGUACCCAGUGGCAGUCGCAAGAAACCACAGAGAUCUGAAGAUGCCCUUUUUGCCUUGUAGCAUUGCAGCAGAAACCUCUGUCCCCCAGCCCCCACUCCACAGACCCAAAACUGCCCGCUGCACCCCAGCUCAGCUCCAACAUACAUUGGUCAGCCAUGUGCCAUUGUUAUCUGCCCAGUCUACCAACCCUAUUUCCUGGCUCAGUGCACUACAUCACAGAGGCUAACUGCCCUUGCUUCAUUUUACCUUUGUCUUUACAGUGAAAAAUCAUUUGGUAAAACCACUGGCUACCAUUUAAACGGUUUUGCAUUCAUACCCCAGAGCUCUUAAUUGAGGUUGAACAAGUAUUGUGAGAAAGCGUUCAUGAAUAUCUUCCUUUCUUACUUGUGUCUCCUCUGUCAACCCUUUUAGCUUAUGCCCGGAUAGUCUCUAGUGAAAUCAACCCCAGCCAAUACAUAAUGAUAAAAUGCAUUAAUUAAGUACAAACUGGAAUAUUUACAAUGGAUUUUUUAAAUACUGAAUGAUAAUGUCCACACAUUAAUCUGUCCAAACAAAUUUCUGUUAUAAUCAAACAUUUUGUGUAUUAACUUUAUUAACUUUUGUUUUUGUUUGGAUUUGUUAUGUUGUUAUUUCUGUGAAUUGCUACUUUCUUGUCUUACUCUGUGUAACUGACAUUUGUUUAAGGGAAGAAAAAACACUAAAGGGUCAGAGUAUGCAUCAUUAAUUGUAGCUGAUUGUGACCUCUUGUCACAUGCACCUAUAAAUCUUUACACAUCUUUUGCCUGAUUGGCUGGCAGCUGGAUUGUAAAGGUGGCCUGAGGCACUGCACAUGCAUAACUGUGCACCAUUGGAAAGCGAAUAUAAAAAUAUGGACAUCACUAUGAUUUUUAUCCUCUUUUCGAGUGUAUUAUUGUAUAUACCUGCAUUGCUACAUUGCCACGACUAAGCAUGGAGUCUUUAUUUUGAUCAGUAGUUAACAAAUGUGCAGUUUUGGCCAGAACAUUUGCGUGGUCAAUAGAUCUCUACCCAGAGGCGCAUCCUUUUAUACUGUGUUUCUUUCAGGUUGUUGAUAACAGUUUAGAUCUAAAACAUUAACAGAAUGAUUGGGGGUAAUAGCAGCUGGUUAGAAUGUUGCAUUUAUUUAAAGCAGCCUUUUUGGUUAUAAUUCACCACUGUAAAGGUGUAUCUGACAAUUUUUAUGGGAGAUUCAUUGUAACAGUGAAGAAUGAAUACUACGUUUUCUCCUGGACCUCAGGGUGGUGUUAUAAGUUUGUAAUAAUAAAUUAUACUGGAUUUGUUAAAUCAGUAUAAGUAAUUAUUUUAGAACAUUUUUAACAAAAACAAAUACAUUUUUGUUUGCUUAAGAGUGCUUCUGUUGAGCCUGCCUUAUCAGAUAAGUUUAGUGAUAGUCUUUCCCAGUGUUUUGUUUAUUAUGUACUUGCAAUGGUUACGUGGCCAAGCAGGAAUUCCCCUGUUUUUUCUGCACAUAUUAAUAUUGGACUUUGGUUUAGUGACUUUCUAAAGUCUUUAAGCACAGUUCAGGAGAGCUUUCUAUGAUGUUGAAUAUUUCUGAAAAAGGUAAUGGACCAAAGUUGGGAAGAUAUGAAAAAAUAAGGGAGAAGAUGUGCUAGAGUCAGAGCGAGCAUGAACUCAUUUACAUUGAGUAGCUUCACAGGUGUGUGACUUUCUCAUUAAACAUGAUUCAGUCAUGGUGAAGUAGGCGUCUAUGCAAUGGGUAAUGUAUAUGUAUCGAAUGAAUACCGCCAAAAGCAUUCAAUGCAGUUCUGUCAUUAUGAAUCGGUAUUUGAAUUUGUCAGUCGUUUUAUUUCCCUUUUUCUCAUGCAAGUGAAGAACAUUAAUUUCCUUUUUUCUCUACCCCUUUUCAUUCUCAAGCAAUCAUUAGAUGUGAAUAUAAAAUCAUAGGCCAGAAAGAAUUGUAACAUUUUAUGUGUUGAAAUGUUUACGCAAGUUGUUCAUUCCUUCCCCAAUUAGAAUGUUUCCAGCUGUUAAACUUUACUUUAUUGCUAUGUUGAGUGGGAUUUCAUUCAGAUUUAACCGACCUGGGGGCAGUGUAGAGGAUAAUUAAACUACUUUUUGAGGUCUAAAGAAUUAACAUAAUGAGGAUUUUAUUGGUGACCCUGAAUGGGCUAAUUGGCAAUGUCUAAGAUUGAGACCUGUAAUUCUAAUGUUCAUUGGCUUGCUUCAUUCUAGUUGUGACAAUAUUAGUAACGGCAAUGGAAUAUUUCCUAAUAUGACCUUGAGUGUAUCCCAAUAAUAAUAUGGGGUUCACACUUGUAAUAAUGAAAACACUAAUGGAAACUUACAAGACAUCAGUUACCCUGAGACAUUUUACCUUCACCAUCAAUCUCUUUAACUUAAUCAACAUUUUCUGUAAGGUGUAUUGUAAUUGAGUUCUGUAAUAAAAUAUCUUAUUUGAGCUGUUAUUUAAAGUGAUCUAUUAAAAUGCCAGAAAAGUAUUCUGGUAGCUUGCAGCAGAGAAGGUCAUUUUUUCCCUUUGUAAUUACCUUAGAACGUUAGAAAAUAUUGACAAAUCUCAGAUUAAUUUAUUUGUAAUAUUCAUUUCAACCUUAAAUAUUAAAAUGUAAUUCAGAACAUUAAAACAAAAUGUUUUAAUUAUUAUACGGGACAGUGUAUUUUUAUUUAUGGUAAAUGCGUCAACUUGCAUAUAACAUUUUUUUCUCCAUUUAUUGAAUUAAUUAUUGUUAUUAUUAUUAUUAUUAUUUGCUUUUGUUAUUUACCCUAUUUUCUUGGAGAUUACCUAUUAACAUAUGGGCUAUGUAUGUAUACUAUUGGGCUUUCAGAGGUGGGAAUGUUAAGGGUCCAGAAGGUUCUAUUUCGCUUUGAUUAAGGGCAUUGUUUUAAGGAUAAAAAUCAACUCUGCCCUGGUUCUUUGGUCUUGGACCUAAUAUUUUAUCCUAGUUUUUCUGCUUCUACCAAUAAAUGAAUGCCAGAUGGGAGUUCCUUUUACACUUUUUUAUCACUAGUAAUUUCUCAGCUUUAUGGCAGCCUUAAUGACCACAUAAUGAACUGACAUCUCAAGCUUGAGACAUGUAGCCCUCCUUUUGCAUCUGAAAGACAUUUUAACAGACCUCUAUUAUCAUUACUCAGUAUUAUACUCACCAGUUGCACUUUGUGUGUGUGCAUGUGCGUGCGUGUGUGUGCGUGUGCAUAUGUGUGUAUACGUGUGCAUCCUUGUCCACAUACAUGUGUGCAAACGUGUGUGCAUACUGGUGUGCGCAUGCAUAACUUCUUUGACUGAAGCAGCAAUAUUCUGAGUAAUUGAUAAAGUGUGAAAAAACUAUUGGUCUUUGGGUGUAGGUCACAGCGAAGGCGUCUGGUGAAGCAAAGACCAGAGGAUGAUGAGUGCUUGAUUUGGUUACCUGGCUUGCUCUUUACUACAAUAACAUUUCCCACAAGGACAGGUCUAAUGAAUCAGUAACUGGGAUCAACACAGUAACUGGACAUGAUGUGUUUGUGUGGGUUUGUGCUAACUGCUGCUGUUUGACUGUUGCAUGUGCUGAACUCCCAAUAAAACACUAGCAAUGUGAUCUGUA